UUUUGGUGCGAAUGGGUCGUGCCACUACGGUACCCCUUACGUCAUUUCAAUGGCGGAUCAGUCCAUUCAAGUUGGCAAGCUCCAACCCACGAAAGUGCAUUCUUGAUCCGCAUUUGCUUCUCAAUCCAACGGAUCGGCACCUGACCGCAUGUCCAGUCUCGUCCUCCUGGCAGCACUUCAGAAGCGUUGCCUGACGUCCCCUUUUACUUCUCGCAUCACAUCACAGGCGCGCACCACUUAUCAGAGAUCUGUCAUAGGCUUAUAUCAUCCCUCCGUUGCAUUUACUGGGACUGCAAGCGGAACUGCACUUAUCAAACCAACGUUGGCAUCUUGCGCUUAUCGCAGCCCGCACAACGGUUCUAGGGUAGUGUCAUUUCCUGCCAGGGCAACGAUGUCGGCUGUGGACAACAAGAGAGCAAGGACGGAGGAGGCAGUCGGGGAGGGCGCCAAAAAGCUGCAGCUCUACUCGCUUGCUACUCCGAAUGGACAGAAGAUUGGAGUUGCGCUGGAGGAGAUGGAGAUUCCUUACGACGCGCACACUAUUGACAUAUUCAAGAACACCCAGUUUGAGGACUGGUAUGUGAAGAUCAACCCCAACUCCAAAAUCCCGUCAAUCGUGGACCCCAAUGGCCCAGGCGGUGAAGAGGUGCACAUGAUGGAGAGCUGCGCAAUCCUGGUGUACUUAGCGGAGAAGACGGGCAAGUUCCUGUCCAAGGAUCCGAUCAAGCGGCUCGAGACCCUGCAGUGGCUCUUCUUCCAGGCGGCGCACGUCGGGCCGAUGUCGGGGCAGUACGGCCACUUCCAAAAGCACGUCGGCAAGAGGUUUGCUCAAUUCCUGCACGGCUGA